AGUACUCUCUAGAACGAUGUUCGUGCUGGUUAGCAGCUCACUGCUAAUCCUAGCUGUUUUAGCUGUUUCGGUGAAUUCCCGCUGCGUGGUAACAUUCUCGGAAAAAAGUUCCGGCAUUGGCGUCCAGAACGCCACCUUCAACAAUGUCCGAUACUGUGAAUAUCUUGGAGUUCGGUACGCGACAGCUGCCCGAUUUGAGGAUCCUGUUCUGCACAAUCCGAACGGUCAAACACAGUACCAACGGGAAGGUAGCAGUUGUCCACAGAUAAACGAGUUUUACCACCAGCAAACGACUUCGGGAGAUGAAGAUUGUCUGUUUAUGAACGUUUACGCUCCACAGUAUGAUCGCAGGAAGGCUGGAUUUGGUGGCUUUCCAGUGCUGGUGUUUAUUCACGGAGGAAGUUUUCAGAUUGGAUCUGCUAGUUUUGAUUUCGAUGGAGCGGAUCUGCUUAUCGAGAAGCAAAUAAUCGUGAUCAGCAUCAACUAUCGGCUUGACGUUUUUGGGUUUUUGCACUAUCCACCGUACAAUAUUACUGGAAACUACGGAUUGAAAGAUCAGCAAACUGCCCUGAAAUGGAUCAACCAAUUUAUCAAGUUCUUCGGCGGUGACCCCAACAAAGUAACACUAAUGGGUCAAAGUGCCGGUGCUGCAUCGGUCAGCUAUCAUCUGUACUCCGAUCGUUCACGAGGAUUGUUUCAACAAGCAGCCCUUCUCAGCGGGUCGUUCCUGGCGGAUUGGGCUUACACGUACCGCCCAGAGUACUUUGCCGAGCAGUACUUCAAACACUUUGGCUUCAACUCUCGCCAGCAGCUGCUCGAACGCAACGCAAGUGAUUUCAUUGAGCUGAAUUAUUGGCAGGGUGCUUAUUUUUUCAAUCGUUACAACACUUGGCCCCUUCCAACCGCGGAGGCAGACGACGAUCCAAAUCCAUUUCUUACGGCAUCACCCCAGGAAUUGAUAAUCCGGAAGCGAGCUUUAGACGUUCCUCUGCUAGUCGGUAUAACUGUCCAUGAAUUUGAACUUGUUUGGUAUCCACUUCACACAGGCCAUGACCGUUUAAACAUACCCAACAGAUGGAACAAUAACGUUUGGAGUCAGCUGAAAAAGUUCACGGAAGUUAACGAGCAACAGUUCUUGGAGAAAGGAUGGGUUUCAAACCGAACGGACUUUAUCCUGAAAAUUUCAAACAGCAUGAACUCAAUCUUCCCGGUGCAACACACCUGGGACCAAAUGAUCACGAAAGGCCACUCCGCUCCGAUAUUUGCAUUUCGGUUUGACUUUGAUGGCAAGUUUGGACGGUACAAGAACGAUCGCUUGGGGCGACGGCUGAGAAAGUCUGCUUACGGAGCAAUUCAUGGCGAUGAUUUGGGCUAUAUUUUCACUCCGUACUGCGUGAAAGAGGCACUGGCGAGGAAAGCUGAUUUUCAGAAAGAGUGGGCUAUGCAUGAUAGGAUGACUGAGAUGGUGGCAAACUUUGUGAAAAAUGGAAAUCCAUCUCUGCAAGAAUUUGAAUGGAAACCUUACAACGCUGAACCUGAUCAGAAGCAAUACGCAGUUAUUGACGAGAUUAUGGAAAUGAAAACUGGAAGUUUAUUGGAAGACCAUUUGUACAACUUUUGUAGAGCCGCUUACGAUUGUUUGUACUAUUUUAAUUGCUCCGCAAUUCAGACUCAAAGCUAGACUAAGAAUUAGUAAUAAUUUUAUAAAAUUAAAACAAUUAAGAUCAAAUCUCAUCACUCCCCAUUUGAACCAUGAUCCAAUUCUUCCCACUCUACGUUGAUCUACGCGUUUAGAUUAAUUCGUCACAUUUCAAUCAAUGCACACUGAUAACACAAAUUACCCUGUUUUACACAAACAAUCAAGUUCAAGAAUGUGGCUGGACCACACCAGCCGAGCAAGCUCAACGCGCAGCCACUCUGUCUACCGCAGUUAGUGCGCUUCAAGAUGCCGAUACUGCUGGUUUGCUGCUGUAUUUGUGCAAUCACUCCGACGCUGGCAAGUGGCGAUUGUGUCGUUACGUUUCCCGAAAAGAGUGUGGGAGUUGGUGUUCCUGUACAAAGCCAUUUACGACUGUCUGUAUUAUUUCAACUGUUCAUCAAUGCAAAAAGCGACAGGUGUAUAACUUUUGAUUAAAUAAUCAAGGUCGAAUAUUUUCAUUAGCCCUGCCCGGAUUGUUUUCAAAAAUAUUAAUGCAAAAAAAAAACGACAU